AUGCCCUCGUCCAUCACCAAGCUCACCUACGCCCAACGAGCUGCGUCGCAUCCGAUCAAAGUGGCCCAACAGCUCUUGUCGUGCAUCGAGCGCAAGAAGUCGAACCUGUGUGUCUCGGUCGAUGUCACGACCAAGUCGAGCCUGCUGCGCAUCGCCAACGCCGCCGGACCCUACUGUUGCUGCGUCAAGGUGAGAAGCACACCCACUCGAGUUAGAUGAAAUCUUCACCCUGCAGAGUAUUGAUCGCUUCGCCUGCUUCGCCCGUCUCACCCCAUCCUACGCCGGUCGACGACGGCUCGAUUUCCGCAGACCCAUAUCGAUAUCGUCUCGGACUUUGACGACGACCUCGUCCAGCAACUGCAAGCCUUGGCCAAAAAGCAUGAUUUCUUGAUCUGGGAGGACCGCAAGUUUGCCGACAUUGGUUCGUUUAUUCCCCGCUGAGGCCGUGUCGUCUUUCGCUCGCUUCGCACCAUGCUCAAGAGUGUCUUAACGCGUGGGUCCGCCCCCUGGUAUGUGAUCGACAGGCAACACGGUCAAAUUGCAGUACUCUUCGGGCAUCUACAAGAUCGCCUCAUGGGCACAUCUGACGAACGCGCACCCUAUCCCCGGUGAUGGCAUCGUUUCCGGUCUGGCCCAGGUCGGACUCCCCCUCGACCGUGGACUGCUUCUGCUCGCGGAGAUGUCGUCCGCGAGUAAUCUCGCGACGGGUGACUACACCGCCACGACCGUGGCCAUGGCGAGGCGGCAUACUGAUUUCGUGAUGGGCUUCGUCGCCAUGCAUCGUGUCGACGAGGACGAGGCCUCCUCGGGUGCGGUCGAGGUCGGCACCGGCGCCGAUUUCAUCAUCAUGACCCCCGGCGUCGGGCUCGAGUCCAAGGGGGAUGGCAUGGGCCAGCAGUACCGAACUCCGGACGAGGUGAUCAAGCAAAGCGGGUGCGACGUCAUCAUCGUCGGGCGAGGGAUCUAUGGUGGUGGGGAAGGCAAACCCGACGAAGAGAUUGUCAAGAGUUGUCAGGUGUACCAGCAAGCGGGGUGGAAGGCGUAUGAAGAGCGGUUAUGA